AUGAAUUCAAGCCAUGGGGACGAGAAACUCGCGUCGGCCGCCUCAUCCGCCCAUUUCUACUAUCAGAUAAUCAUCUUCGUCAACACAAAAAUCCUGAUUCCACAGAUUCUGUUCGGAUGCGGCGGAAAUAUCCUCAACCUGAUUGUGUUAUUGAGUCGUGCAAUGCGAAGUAGAACAAAUCUGAUCUUCUCAGCUAUGGCGUUUGCGGAUCUGUUUUUUCUCAUCCUCCAUAUCCCGACUGUGCUCUUCUAUACGCGAGUGUUCAUGCAUUCACAAUGGUAUCGAGGACUAGCGCAAUAUGUUUCAGGAAUGACCAAUUGGUUCUCAGCAAUUUCUAUUUGGUGUAUGAUGUAUGCAACAAUCGAACGCGUUCAAGUUUUCCGGAGUCCAUUCAGAACAUCGAAACGAUCAACGUCACCACGUUUCAUCGCCAUAAUGUUUCUGAUCGUUGUCGGCAGUCUGUUUCUCACCCUCAUUCACUUUGUUUCCCCGAAAACACGAGCCGUUCACAAGAUAUCGCGAUAUUUGGUGCUACUUCACAUGCUUCUUGUCGUCCUGGUCCCGCUGAUCGUCUCCGCUGCUCUCAACAUUCUCUUGAUUCUAGCUCUUAAACAAAACUCGAUGCCUCUCCGAAUGCUGAAUGAUAGUCAUGUCCACCAAAGUCUGAUUAUCGCUAGGAGCAAGACCGAGCGAAAAGUCACUAUAAUGGUGAGUGUGAUCCUUACAAGCUUCAUUAUUUGCAAUGCGCCUGGAGCGAUUUUCUUCCUUUUCAAGGAGCAUGAUCAUAAAAAUUUCGACAAGGAGCCACGAAACGUAAUGAUCCAAGCGGUGUGCAACUCUCUGACCGUUACUGGAAAGGUGUUGAACUUCUUGCUUUUCUGUUUGUCUUCCGAGCAUUUCCGUGCACUUCUAAAGAAGCGACUAUGCUACCUUCUCCAUUGGAACAUGAACCGAAGGAAUACCUACAGUACUACCGCCACCAAAACAUUUAGUGUUCCUUUAAGCGAUAUCUAA